UGUCAUGAAGAGUUCAAUCUAGGUGGAUCUGCAAAUAUUUUUCAGUUGGAUGACCGAACAAAUGUGAGCAACACCUCAAGUUCCAACCAUUUACAUUUCCUCGCACAGACUUCAAAACAGAAGCGUUCACUAAUCAGUAUUUGAAUAUUGGCAGUGUCCUGCAGCAGCGCAUUACACAUUUUCAAUGAAGUUCCUACUUUGGAUAUCAUAUACCUUGACCAUUGCUGUAGCUGAGAGAAUUAAUAAGAUAUGGCAGCCAAGUCGAUGCGAUACAAGCGCUCUUGCCGCUGACGCAAGCCUCGCGAAAAAUUCAUCGGUGAUAGAAGACCGCAUGCAGUGCCUGGCUUGGGCGACGCUCGGCCAGGCGGCGCUGGUUUGUUACGAAGCACCGCGCUGCUCUUGGUGGCAGACUCGCGGCGUGGCCGUGGGCGUCGCCGUCAUAUCUCACUCUGCAAGUCCGUGCUUCAUGUCUCGACCGUUCCCUGUCACCCAGUACUCCAGCUGCGCCGCCAUGCCGGGAUUUGUACUCACAAGCAUCGGUUGCUUGCUGUUCGAUUCCGUCGCACGAACCUUCACCGACGCCCGCGACUUCUGCCUCCAGCGCGGCAGCGAUCUCUUCACCAUGGAGCAGGACUCCCAGCUGGCCGGACUGAUCACCUAUCUGAACUCUUUUAGUCCGCGUCCGGAAGUUUGGAUGGGACUGAGGAAAAUGGACGGCAAGUGGUAUUGGCUGACCAUGAGGCCUUACAACGCAAAUAAUUUUGUCAACGAUUUCUCCGACCUUCCGACUGAGUUCUGCUUGCGGUUCAAUACCAACGACAUAAUGCGUGACUGUGUCUGCGACUCCACCACAACUUUUUCAGUGCUGUGUCUUGCUAAGAACUUCAAAUAGUAUCGAAGCGUUCGACACAGAACCUCCCGCUUCAGAACUUAAUCUCGAGCAAUGUUCGUUCUGUCAAAUUGCAGUCUCAAUUUUGGUGUUGUUUAUUUUAAAUAAUUCGAGAUUUGAAUUGACUCGUUCCCCCAUCGGAAAAAAUUUGAUUUUAUGUGAUAUUGACACUAUUAAAUUUUAAGGAUGUACGCAAAAUAAAACGUUAAAAACUUUAAGAGUGGAAGCCAUGUACGCAAAAUCUAACGCCGCAAAAGCAGCAUUAUGUUCGCACACGCGAACCCUUAAUUGGACUGCUCAAGAACAUUUUACCCUAGGAGUAUUUUGGCACUACAUCAUAUACGCAAAUAAAUGGAAUGCUAGUUGUUAGAAACUACUUUAGAAGGAAUAUAUUAUUUUGCUGUUCUACGUGUUUAUUAAGCACAUUUUAAAACUCUGUUGCCCACCAUAGGCUCAACAACCUAUUUGACAGUGUAACUCUAAUAGUGGAACUAACUAUUUAUCUAUCCAUUUCAAUGUAAUAGAAAUGUUUUCAAGCACAAGGACGAUGCAUGAACAAAAAAUUAUUGAUUAUUAUUUUUAAAUUUAAAUCUAAAUGCUAUUCGGAGGACUGUUCCGCAAAAAAAAUAUGUUCCAUGAGAGAGAAUCAUACUUGGGUUUUCUUGGGUUGUUGGGUUUUUACUAACGCCGUAAAGAAGGCCAAGCAGCUCAUUUUUAGUAUAAGAUUAUCCAUAUGAGAAUAGCUUCGGAUGAAAGUGUAAUUGUGAUCAACAAAAUGGCGACACGUGGCAAUAGUCCAAAAGAAUGGUAAAUCUUCAUGUUUUGCAACGACGUUUGAUAAUUAAACUCAUGCACUUUCAUUAUUCAAUUUAAUACAAAGCUUGUGUUUCAUUUUCUGUUAAUUCGUGUAAUUUAUAGGGCUCAUUUUUCCUCAUAUUAAUCCAAGAAAUAUCUAGCGUGCUUUUCCUUUUGUAUUUAGGAGCAAUUCGACAAGUGACGAAACGAAGCUAUGUGCACUCAACUAUUUAUCUAUAAAUAUAGUGGUGAUUAAAGGACG